CUGGUCUACGGUCUUUUAGAAACUUUUAUCUUCAGUGGUAACAUUCUAGGAUGGGCCGCACUCAAUUAUAUGUUAAAAAAACACGGAGUUUAUAGUCAUUUAUGUAAAAAUCAAACUCGAACUUAUAAUGUUACUGUCUUGCAGAUAAAAGAAGAUUUGAAUUGUACAGCUCAAGAUAAAAUGCUGAAUUUAGCUUUUACUAUAGGCUCUUUUUGUGUAGGUUUGAGUGCAGUUAUUUGGGGUUUUCUUAUUGAUAAAUGGGGUCUAAGACCCGUUCGUUUAUUGUUAAAUGCUUUUAUCACAACAGGUGCUGUACUGCUUUCAAUUACUAGCUCAGAGAUGCCAUACUUUCUAUUUCCUGCUCUAAUUUUAAUGUGUUUAGCUGCUGUUCCUUUAAGGAUAGCCAAUCUUCAAGUAGCUAAUCUUUUUCCAAAACAACGUUCCACUAUCAUAACAUUGUAUAGUGGAGCCUUCAGUGCUUCUGCUGCAGUUUUUAUAAUAAUGAAGUAUGUAUUUGAUGCAGGAUGUAGAUGGGAAUGGGUAUGUGCCAUUCUAGUUAUUGCUAGUGGUUUCAUGUUUCCAGCAACUCUAUUCAUCUUUCCUUGUAAAAGGAUACCAGAAUAUGGAGAAGAAAGAAAGUUAUUGUUUAAAGGAAUAAGUGAAAUAUCUACCAUAUACCCAGAAUAUUUUGGAAAAUUUUCAGUUUUACCAAGUUCUCCUAACAACAUUCGCAAAUUGUCUAACGAAACAGUGCAAGACACAAGCAGAGAUUGGACAUUAUCUACGGACAGCACAAAUUCCAGUGAAAUAAGUGAAAACUCUUCCACAAAUACUACAUCUGAUGAUCCUGCUCUCAAAGAUUCCUUGUUAUCAUUUUCAUUUUUCAUACAUCUUUAUUGGUUUUCUUGGUUACUGAUGGCGACAAUUAAUUAUGCUGGAUCACUCAAUCUUUGGCUGGAAAGAAUAACAAAUAAUGUAAAAAAUGCUGGUUGGUACACUCAAGUUUAUGGCUUGGCUCAGUUAUUUGCCUUAAUACUAGCACCAGUUGGAGGAAUGUUAAUGGAUUUAAGAACUAAUAGAGCUAUUAAAGAAGACGAUCCAGAUCUAAGAAAAUUAAAAGUCUAUCAAUCAGGAUUCUGGCCAUUGCUCCUUACUACCGUUAAUCAAGGUGCUAUACAGAUUUGUAGAUUCUUUAACACGGUUAACGCCGUAUACAUUUCAGUUGUCUUCAUAACCAUUCUUCGUUCUCUGCUUGUUGCAGUUGCAACUGCUUACCUUCGAAUCAGAUUUCCUGCAACACAUUUUAAUAAACUACUCGGAAUAAUGAGCACAAUAGCUGGAAUGUUCACUUUAUUGCAGUACCCAUUAUUUAUCUGGGAAUCGAAAUCCUCAGAAGAUGCUCUUUCCUUUAACAUAUUUAAUGCGGGGAUGCUCGUCCUUUGUUUCAUCCAUCCGUUCCUCUUGCUAAUUACUCCACUUCAGAAGUAUUUUAUAAAAAAAGAAGUGACAUGAAGUGCUCCUCCUUGAAUGAAUGUGAAAUUUAUCAUGUAAAUGCCAUUUUGUACAAUACAAUAUAUUAAUUUCAUCGUGGUUAAACCGGUGCCAAUCACUUUGUAUAUCUCUUUAUAUAUUAAAUAUUUCUAAUAUGUUUUUUUAUA